AUGGAGGCUUCAAGUCCUUCUGCUUCGUCCAGAAAAAGAAAAACAAGGCAAACCCCCAUGCCACGAAUUGUCCUUGCUCUAGCUGCUCCCAAUAGCAACCCCGCCGACAACAAUGCCGUUUCGUCCACGAAACCCCAAAGUAAUUGCAGCGGCCGGAGGAGAAAACAAGAGGCGGCGGCAGCCCAGCAAGAACAUGAACGCCAACUCCAUAUUUCCACCACCAAACGCACCGUUUCAUCCACUAAAAUCCAAAGCAAUUACAGCCCAAGAACAACAGCUCGCAGAGGCCGGAGGACAGCGCCACAAGAACAAGAACAUGAAGAAAAGAAGGGAAGGUUGAAGGUGGUUCGGAUCCGGAUUUUGGACCCGGAUGAGACGGAGUCUUCUACAGACACCGGAGAAACUAAUGUAGCCGUUAACCAAAAACCCAAGAAAAAGAAAGUUGAAAUAGUGCACGAGAUUCGGAUGCUGGAGAGAAACUCUCCUUAUCCAACAAAACUUGAGACGCAAGAAACAAGCAAGAAGAACUAUAUUGGCAAGAAUAAUAAGCAAAUUUGUUUGUCAUCUCGAUCGUCAUCACCAUCUUGUAACGUUGAAGGGCGUGAAGAUGAAGAAAUACUAAAAGGAUCAUCAACAACAUCAUCGGUUGUGAAAAUGGCAGUUAGAAAGAUGGCUCUUUACGACGUGCCCGGUCCAAUUCCUGACCUGGAAGAAUUUUUGAAAUGGGAUUAUGACCUUCACUUUUUGCUUACUUUCUUUGAUGAUUUGCCGUCAGACUCCGACUGUGAAGAUUAUUGA